AUGGCACCAGCCCCAAUUGACCCGCGCAUCGUCGACGUCGCACCGCCCAAGAAGGAUACCAUAGAACUUCCCACGCCUGCACGCGAACGGUUCGAGAAAGCCGGUAUUGAUCUCAGCAAUGGAUAUCCGUACCGACCAUCUCGUCCUCUUUACCUGAACGAUGUUUACAAUGUGCGGAAUGAAGACCGACUCCACGUAGACCCAGGCAGUCGAGCCGAUCCCGAGAAGAAGGCUCUUCUUUCUGCGGCGAAAGAGGUCAUUCCAUUGACCGCACAUAUUGGAACUGAGAUCGUUGGAUUGCAGCUGAAAGAUUUGACAGAUCAACAGAAGGAUGAGCUGGGAUUGUUGAUUGCUGAGCGCAGCGUCGUCUUCUUCCGGGACCAAGAUCUAUCCCCUCAACAACAGAAGGAGUUAGGCAAGUAUUUCGGAGAGGUUGAGGUCCAUCCCCAGGGCCCCCAAGUCCCUGGCAUCCCAGGCGUAACAGUCCUCUGGCCAGCCCUCUUCGCCGAAGAACAAAAAGCAAGCUUCCGCCGCCCAGGCGGCGCAUCUCGCUGGCACAGCGAUCUCGUACACGAGAAACAACCAGCUGGAGUAACACACCUACACAACGACACGGUGCCAACAGUAGGAGGUGACACGCUCUGGGCAAGUGGCUACGCAGCCUACGAGAAGCUGUCACCAUUAUUCCGGAGACUGAUCGAUGGCCGAACGGCCAUUUACCGCUCUGCGCAUCCAUACCUCGACCGUACCAAGCCAGAGGAAGGACCGAAGUAUGUUGAACGCGAACAUCCUCUUGUUCGUGUUCAUCCUGUGACGGGGUGGAAGGUGUUGUGGGUUAAUAGGGCUAUGACGGAUCGGAUUGUGGGCCUAGACAAGGCUGAGAGUGAUGUUAUUUUGGGGUAUCUUCAUGAAGUUUAUGAGAAGAACCCUGAUAUUCAAGUGCGGUUUCGGUGGACGGCUGGGACCAGUGCUUUGUGGGAUAAUCGGAUUAGUAUACAUAAUGCUAGUUGGGAUUAUGAGGGCUCUCAGCCUAGACAUGGGACUAGGGUUACUUCAUUGGCGGAGAAGCCUUUCUUUGAUGCUGGUGCUCCUACGAGACGGGAAGCUUUGGGAUUGUUGGGACCGCAGGAGAUUGAGGAGUUGGAGAAGUUGACGGCUCUUCUUCGGGUAAAGUGA